CAUAUUGUACGAGUAGAUACAAUGUGGGGUGCUACACGAUCGUCAGGAGCUUGCUUGCUGUGCACGAACCAUGUACAUACAUAGCUUGUUGCUGCGGCCUGCGCCUUGCGUUUCCUGCGUUGCCCCGCUCCCCCCACACACCCUCUCUCGCCUCUCCACGCAGCUGCAUACAUACCGGACUCAGACACCAGCGCUCAGUCAGGUAUCAUAGCCUACCCGAACAGCUCGCCGUCAAUUGGAAGCCCGCAAAUCUAUUCAAUCCGCCAGGAUCCCUCGUUGCCAUCAUAUCUUGUUUGCCGGUCCGUUCUUCACACUCCCCAGGAUGCCGCUCUUCAAAAUCAGCAGAGGUACCCUAUAUAAAGGACGUGCUCAUGUACCCGCCGUGAGAUCACUUCCAAUCAUCCCUUCCCUCCUCUUACUGCUCUCCGCCACAACCGUCGUGCUGUCGGCAACGCAGACAGUCUUCUCUACCCCGGUCGAGCAGCACAAUGCAGACUCUGCUCACCCUCCCUCCGACUGGCCGCAUGUCCCUUUCAAGACGCGAGGCCGCGACAUCGUCAACAGCAAAGGCGAAGUCGUCCACUUGGCGGGUGUCAACUGGCCCAUGAGCGGCGAGACGAUGAUCUUUGAGGGUCUUGAGUGGGCCUCGGCCGAGAACAUCGUGAACAACAUUGCGUCUGUUGGCUUCAAUUUUGUCCGAGCAGGGUAUGCAAUCGAAAUGGUCGACCAGAUCUAUGAGCGCAACGGAGCCGAUGUGCCAUUGGAAGAGGCCAUGGUUAACGCCCUUGGCCAGGUCAACGGAACCAAAGUCACUGAGAGCAUCAUCAAACACAACCCACAGUGGACAAAGACGACGACCCGCUUCGAGAUUUUCGGCGAUGUCGUCGACCUGGCCGCCAAGAAGGGCAUCUUCGUCCACCCAGAUGUGCAUGUUGGCAAGGCACAAUGGUGCUGCUCGCACACGGAUGGCAAUGCCUGGUUCGACGAUAUCUAUUUCCCUGCGUCGAACUGGAAGCGCGGCUUGGCCUACAUUGCCAACUUUGCCAAGAAACACUCGAACAUUGUCUCUAUGUCGCUGCGCAAUGAGCUGCGCUCCUCAUACAACGACACGACGCUUAUGUACAACUGGCAUACGCUCGUCGGCAACAUGACCGAGGGCGCCGACACGAUCUACAACGUGAACCCGGACCUGCUGAUCACCUGGAGCGGCAUGCAGUACGACGAGGACCUCAGCGCGCUGACCAGCGGAAAGAACCUGCUCAAUGCGCCGGCGUAUAAGGCCGACGCGAUCCGUGACUCGCUGCGCCGCGAUGCGCAGUACUUUGACCUCGACGCGCACCCAUGGGCGGACAAGCUCGUGUGGGAGCUGCACUUGUAUGGCUCGUCCGAGGUGCAGGACACGGGCGCCUGCGACAUUAUCGAGGCCGAGCUGUACCGUAACGGGUUUAAUGCGCUCGGCAUCGCGCCGCCCAAGGGGUGCGGCACGACCAAGGACUGUCCCAAGGCUGUGCGCCUCACGCCGGUCAUCCUGUCCGAGUUUGGCCAUGAGCAGGCCAGCUCGCUGUAUGACGACCUGCUGCAAAACUGCCUCAAGGAGUUCACAAAGAAGCAUGGCAUCAGUUGGGCCAUGUGGGCACUCGCCGGCUCCUACCGCAUCCGCUCUGGCGUCCAGGACUUUGAUGACACCUGGGGCCUCACCACCGCGGACUGGAGCAAAUGGCGCGAUCCGGAUACGGUUGAGCACUACUGGAAGCCGUGGGUACACGCCAUGCAACCGACCAAAUUGUAGAGUAACGAGUGAAGAACUGGUCAAAUUGCCAGCGAGCCCGAGCAAAAUCCGAAAUCA